AUGCAUCAAUUCUUCAGAUCCGAAUUCUUCAACUUUGAAACUAUCCGCAUCCUGUCCGCGGCUCCUUUCGGCGGUGCUGAUAUUGCUGAAUGUCUCGUCGCCUGUGGGCAGAUUCGUGAAGGCGAUCCUGAAAGCUGGCACAGAUCAUGGUACAAGCAAGCCGACAAAGUGCUUGAGCUUGCUGAUCAUGCCCUGCGCAGCGGAGAUCGUAUCUCAGCGCGACGCAACUAUCUUCGCGCUUCAAACUAUUUUCGAGCAAGCGCCUAUAUGUUCUUGAACCCGGUUAUGCAUCAUCCUGAGCCACGCAUUGCGAAAACUGCUGCGAUUGUUGAUCAAACUUUCGGAAAGGCGAUGGAGUUACUCGACGGUGUAAAGGUCUUACGGGUCGAAAUCCCUUUCGAAUCGGGCUCGACCCUUCCUGGUUAUCUCUAUUUGCCAGUGCAGCCAGUCAAUAGCAACGCCAACCACAAGACCUCCGACAAGACACCCGUUCUGGUUACGAUUGGAGGAGCGGACUCGAAUAAAGAGGAGCUGUACUAUGUCCACGCAGCUACUGGACCAGAGCUUGGAUAUGCUGUGCUCACUUUCGAUGGCCCUGGACAAGGAAUCGUGCUCCGCGGCCGACGUGAUCAGCCCACCAUCUACACACGUCCGGACUGGGAAGUCGUCAUUAGUCACGUCAUUGACCACUUGGAAGUCCUGCAGAGAGAUCAUCCCGCAGUGGCCGACAUCGAUCUGGACCGCAUAUCGGUAGCUGGUGCAUCUAUGGGCGGUUAUUAUGCCCUCCGAGCAGCUGCAGACCCUCGCGUAUCUGCCUGUAUCGCUAUAGAUCCUUUCUUUGACAUGUACGAUUUUGCUGUCCACCACGUCGGUGUGGUCUUUUCUGCGAUUCUGAAAGCAUGGGCUACCGGUUGGAUACCGUCUACCAUAGUCAACGGGAUGAUGAGAACAGCGAUGGCCGUAGACUUUCGCACUGCCUGGGAGGUUGGCAUUGUCCAAUGGUUCAUGGGUGUUGAAUCGCCAACCCAAUCGUUGCUCCACAUGCGGCGAUACUCUUUCCGCGACUCGGACGGUACCAAUCUGUUGUCUCAAGUGGUCUGCCCGGUGUUAAUCUCCAGUGCCGGACAAUCCCUUUACCUCAAGCCAGGUACAGAUGCCAAGCUGAUAUAUGAUGCGCUGGACCGUGUGCCAGAGAGGAGCAAGACUGUCUGGUCGGCCACGGAACCGGAGGAUGGCGGUCUGCAGGCAAAGAUUGGAGCUAUCACUCUAUCAGCCCAGAAGACUUUCGAGUUUCUCAACUGUCAGGCACCCCUCGACGGUGUAGUGGUGACACGGACAAACUGA